AUGCCCUUAGGGCAGUGGUCAGGGCACAUUUGGGCGGGCAAAGAUCUCGACCCUUUGGCGCCUUUGGAGUCUCGCAGCCCCACACCCCAGAUUCCAUGGCGUGCUUGCACACCAUCAACGCCACUGUCAAGACUGGACACACGUAGCCCUGCCAUCCCUUCGCGGAAUGGUUUUCAGUCACGGUGUUCCACCAGAUGCACGACCCGCGCCUCCUCGCGCUUGUCCAAUCGUGGCAAGGGCGCUACAUUGUGGAGAACCGCCAAAACGCCGUCAUUCGAGACACCAAGACCAUUGUCGCCCAAAUCCGACAGCGACGAUGAGGAGCGGCAACUGGUCAAACAAGCCCAGACCAUCCGAAAGUGGUCCUGUUCCACCCAGUCCUACGCGGGCUUCAAGCCCUUCACUUCGCUCAUUGAAGCGAGUGAACCACUGUUGGAGCCAGAAACACCCUUAGAUCGUCAGAUGCUGAUGCUAUACCAUGCUUCCUUGGAGCUUACUGAGGUUGGGAUCAGCACAGUAAUGGCUCCCACAGUGGCGCGGCGCUUCAAAACAGCAUUGGAAGUGGUCGAGACAAGUGAGCUCAAUGGUUUGGAUGAAGUGCCGGACCCUUUCUACGAGGACUUGUUCAAAGAAGCCAUGGAGGCUUACACCAUCUAUGGUCGGAUGGAAUCCAUCGUGUGUGAGAUGGAACUCCUGAUCGAUGGCGUGUUAAAGGUCCUGGAUGACGAGGGGGACCAUGACUUCGACAUCCUGACGGGCAAGGUGAUUGGAGUUGGCUUAGCUCCAGAUGAGGAUGCCCCCGGGCUGCGUUUUCGAAGUUUCCCAGGGAAGCCUUCUCUGUUGUUUGUGAUGAGUUCGGGCAGUCGCAGUGACUUAGAUGGUGAUCAACGUGUGGAUUGCCCAGUUCUUUUAGAGUGGCUGCAGCUUGAUGGCUUGGUAGCCCGUGCGGCUACUGGGAAAAUUGCAGACAUCAGUGUUCUGCCUUUGUCCCGUGAAAGUGUGGCUGACAAUGCAGAAGUGCUGGAACCCGUCGUUCGAGAAUUUGGCACACGACCUAGCAUCGCCCACAUGAUCGAUCUCACGGCUCGGUUCUUGUAUCUCACUCGACCCAGGGGCAAAUCCCUACCAAAGAGCAGUAACAUCAAGACUGAAGCCUGGAUACUACGUCGCUUGAUCAGCAUCUUUGCCAAAGUGGCACGGAGACCCCACACACCCAGAGAGUUGGGUAUCAGACGUCUUUGUGAAGCCGUUGGGAUUCAAUUUCCAACUGAAGGAGAUGAAGAACGUGAAGAGGAUCAGGCUGACGAAGGUGACACUACUGGAGAGUCCAUGGAAUCGGAGGAAGAGUUCUGUGAUGAUGAAGUGGUAGAUCUACCGGCUGAAGAGGAGAAGGAAAACCUUACCUCGACCUCAUCACCUACGGUUGUGACCAAGCCAAGUGCAGCUCCAGGUCCCAUUGCGGAGACAGGUAGCCUUGCUUGGAGUCCAUCUGUGUCAGUCGUUGUGACGCCGCCGCCUCGUGUGUGUACUGAGUCACCUUUGACCGGAAUGAAGGAGUCCCGACAUGAUCCUGUGAAGUGUGGAUGGGCAUGUACCCGUUGCCAUGCACAUCAUCGGAAUCCCAAAGUGCUUGGGUUUGCCUACUGCAAUGAUAAGACUACGAACCACAAGCUGAUAGAAACUGAAGCCAUGUGCAAAACUUGUUUCGAGUUUGGUGCUUUGGAGAGCUUAAAAGUCAGCCCAUGCCCCAAGAGUCUUUCUUUUGAUGCCAAUGAGAAAAUUGAGAAGUCAGUGUCGGUGCCACCCCCGGUGGUGCCAUGCGUGAAUGAGAAGUCAGUGUCGGUGCCACCCCCUGUGAAAGAUUUGAAGAAGGCAACUUCCCUACGUGCCGAACUUGAUACGGCCAAUCUGGAGCUCAAGCGUUUGGAGAUCCUCAAGUCUUUGGCACUAGAAAGGCAGCUUUUGAAGGACUUGUUGGCCAAGAAAACGAAAGUAUGUCAAGAUGCCUUUGACACUUUGCCUAUGGGUGAAGAAGAAGCUGCAUGUGUGGCAGCCGUGGAGGCAGCGAAGCCUUCGCCCAAAGCAGUUGUGACCAAAGAAGAUUCAGAGACGUUGACAACUCGAAAGAGGAAGGUGGAAAUGGAGGAUGAAGGAGAGGAUGAAAGAGAGGAUGAAGGAGAGGAUGAUGCAAGCCAGGAGCAAGAGGGAAGCGACCAGGAAAUUCCCCAUGAUGAAAGCGCACAGGAGGAAACCUUGGAGUAUGAGGUUGGGGCUGAGGUUGAACCAGCGGGCAGCAGGAAAUCCCGAAAGAAUGCAGCAAAGGAUGACAAGCAAUUGACCACCAACAAGACCGCAGCCAAGACGUUGAAGCGUAAGGCAGAGGCGCAGUACAAGUCAGGAACUGAUGGGAAUGAUGAUAAUGAUACUGAUGUGAAGCCAAAGAAACCAGCAGCAGCAAAGGCAAAGAGCAAGACACGCAAAGCAAAAACACCAGAUGCAAAGAACCCACGCAGCAAGGCCAAGGUGAAAGGUGAGGCUCAGGAGAAGGUGAACAAGACAAAGGGCAAGAAACGGAAUGCUGUGAAAGGUGAGGAAGGGGAUGGGGAGGCAGAGAGAAAGGCUAUGCUUUCCAGAAAGUCAUGCGCGUACAAGAAAGCACGUGGCGAAGCUCUCCGUGCCGGGCAUACGCUGAAGCGAAGUGAAGCUGAGGAGUCAGUGAGCGGUGAUCGGGGUGACUUAUGUGUGAGCCUUCAAGCUCUGAUGUCUGGCUGGGAGAUCAGAGCUAGCCUGUCGGGUUUUACUCCUGUCCUGGAACUCCGAAGUGGCUUUCGAUCGUGGUUGAGCCUGUACUCGCUGCUCAAUUUGGCGCCUCGCGGCCUUGCCCUGUUUGCACCUGACUGCAGCAGCUGGGGUAUCCCAUGCAGAUUCACUUCUGGGCGAUCAUAUAUCAAUCCACUUGGGCAUGAAAAUCUCUACAGAUUUGUUGCCGGUGCAAAUCUGAUGGUAAGUCGGAUGACCCUAUGCCUUCAGUUGAUUGUAUCUAUGAGCUGCUUCUUCCUGGUGGAACAGCCCUCUCAGAGCCUACUGUUUCGCCAUACUCGGUUUGAGUGGUUUUGCAACCGUGUAGCCUGGGUAUAUUUUACCCGAUUCUGGAUGUUGCAUCACGGUGCACCUUCGAGCAAAAGAACGGUAUUUUGGGGAAACCUUCGAAGUAUGUCUCUUCUUGAUAAGGGGCGGCUCUCCCAUACUGAACGAGAUUCAAAAACAUCUGUCAAGACCACACGAAAGUAUAUGGGCAAGGACGGCUCGAAGCGCUUUGUUGGCCAGAAAGAAGCUCUUAAAAGCACCCAGGCGUAUCCUGAGCAACUUGGAGAAUCAAUUCAUGAAGUAUAUAUGGAGGAACUCAGGCUUCCACCAAGAGGUGAUUUGCGAAUCACUCGAACACUUGAGUCUGGGAAAGCCCCACAUGAAUGGUUUAGUGACAUGCCACUUGGCGAUACCUGGAGUGACGCUGACCUUUUCCCAGUGUUUGAAUACCUCUACAAGUGUCGCCAUACAAGGAUCCCCGACGAGUGGGCUCCGGUCAUGAGGGAUCUCUACAAAGAGUGGGCAGAAAUUCAAAAGUCCUGA